AGGAGAUGGGAAGAGACUGCAGACAUACUACAGGAGAUGGUCAGAGACUGCAGACAUAGUACAGGAGAUGACCAGAGACUGCAGACAUAGUACAGGAGAUGGGAAGAGACUGCAGACACAGUACAGGAGAUGACCAGAGACUGCAGACAUAGUACAGGAGAUGACCAGAGACUGCGGACAUAGUACAGGAGAUGGUCAGAGACUGCAGGCAUACUACAUGAGAUGGUCAGAGACUGCAGACAGUACAGGAGAUGGUCAGAGACUGCAGACAUACUACAGGAGAUGGUCAGAGACUGCAGACAUAGUACAGGAGAUGAGCAGAGACUGUAGACAUAGUACAGGAGAUGAGCAGAGACUGCAGACAUAGUACAGGAGAUGACCAGAGACUGCGGACAUAGUACAGGAGAUGACCAGAGACUACGGACAUAGUACAGGAGAUGACCAGAGACUGCAGACACAGUACAGG